UUGGACAUCCAUACACAUACAUAUACAGAUAUAAAUACACACGGAGACUCCUACAAACCAUCCACUUUCUUAUUUGGUUUUGUUUAUUUUUCUAUUCAACUGGGGGAGGCCUGCAGAUUGGUAAACUAAAACCUUAUACUUUUUUGUUUUCUUUCAAGAUCUCACCUCUUCUUCUUAUCCUCUUCUUCUUCCUUGAUUUUUCUCAUCUGGGUACUUUUCAUUUUAUUCAACUUUCUUGUUGAAUCAUUCGAUUUUUAUCAGCUUUGAUUUUUUCUUUUUGCUGCGAGUUCUCUUUAUGUAGCCGAUAUACUGAUUUUCUUUUUGUACUGACUGGUUCAGAGAUCCAAUAACUUCUGGGUUUCUUUCGUUUGUUUUUGCAUCUCUUUUACUGAUUCUAGAUUAUAUUAUCAAUCCAAGAUUAAGUUGACUUUUUUUUGGCUGCUUUAUCAGUUGAUUUUUUUCUUCCUUUAAUACGUCUUACUUUCUGCUUAUUCCUGCAAUUAAGCCGGUGAUUUCGAUGAUUUCCUUUUUCUGCUGAUCAAGAAACUUUUUUCUAUUGGGUGCUUCAUUUGGUAGCUGUGCUUUGUAGAAGGUCUAAUUUUGAUGUUUUCUUCGAGUUUGAAGUUAAAAAUAUAGGUACAGAGCUGACCAUGCUGUUAAGUUCUUGAAAAACAAACCUAUUUUUCUUUGUUUUGUUGGCCAGUUUAUUAAAUUUAGAUCUUGAACUUCGACGUGGUCGCAGUUUGUGGAAGAUAUUGAGUGUAGAACUAGAUGGGUAAUACUUGUGUAGGUCCAACCAUCACCAAAAAUGGUUUUUUUCAAUCUGUUUCUGCCGCAAUGUGGCGUACCAGAUCACCUGAUGGCUCAGUUUCUCAUGGUAAUGGAGAAACCACUAACGAGGCCUCACCUGCAACACCUAGAGAACCCGAAUCGCCUCUGCCUGUCCAAAACAAACCCCCAGAGCUAGUGACAAUGCCAAAACCGGAACCUAAACCAGAACAACCUGCCAAAGAGAAGAAAGGGCCUCACAUGAAAAGGGUGUCUAGUGCUGGGCUUAGGACUGAUGUGUUACAACGAAAAACUGGAAAUUUCAAGGAGUUUUAUGGUUUGGGGAGGAAACUAGGACAGGGCCAGUUUGGGACAACAUUCUUAUGUGUGGAAAAGGGGACGGGGAAACAGUAUGCCUGCAAAUCAAUUGCGAAGAGGAAGUUGCUAACAGAGGAGGAUGUUGAAGAUGUGAGAAGGGAAAUUCAGAUCAUGCACCAUUUGGCAGGGCACCCCAAUGUGAUAUCUAUUAAAGGAGCUUAUGAAGAUGCUAUGGCGGUUCAUGUCGUUAUGGAAUUGUGUGCAGGUGGUGAGCUCUUUGAUAGGAUUAUUCAGCGUGGGCAUUAUACAGAAAGGAAGGCAGCUGAGUUAAUUAGAACUAUAGUUGGAGUUGUGGAAGCUUGCCAUUCUCUGGGAGUUAUGCAUCGAGAUCUUAAGCCAGAGAAUUUUCUCUUAGUCAGUAAAGAAGAGGAUUCCCUUCUCAAAACAAUUGACUUUGGAUUGUCAGUUUUCUUCAAACCAGGCGAGAAAUUCACUGAUGUUGUGGGGAGCCCAUACUAUGUUGCUCCAGAAGUACUACGAAAGCGUUAUGGCCCAGAAGCGGAUGUUUGGAGUGCUGGGGUGAUCCUUUACAUUAUCCUAAGCGGAGUUCCUCCAUUUUGGGCUGAAACCGAGCAAGGGAUCUUUGAGCAGGUCCUGCAUGGCGACCUUGACUUUUCGUCCGACCCUUGGCCUAGUAUAUCAGAAAGUGCCAAAGAUUUAGUGAGGAAAAUGCUUGUUCGUGACCCAAGAAGGCGGAUGACUGCACAUGAAGUUUUAUGUCAUCCUUGGGUGCAUGAGGAUGGUGUGGCUCCUGAUAAGCCUCUUGAUUCUGCUGUUCUAAGUCGGUUGAAGCAAUUUUCUGCUAUGAACAAGCUCAAAAAAAUGGCCCUUGUGGUAAUUGCAGAGAGCCUUUCUGAAGAAGAGAUAGCUGGCCUAAAAGAAAUGUUUAAUAUGAUCGACACCGACAACAGUGGUCAAAUCACUUUUGAAGAGCUUAAGGCUGGCUUAAAGAGAGUUGGAGCUAACCUGAAGGAGGCUGAAAUUUAUGAUCUGAUGCAAGCAGCUGAUAUAGACAACAGCGGAACCAUUGAUUACGCGGAGUUUAUAGCAGCUACCUUGCAUCUAAACAAGAUUGAAAGAGAGGAUCACCUCUUUGCAGCUUUCUCCUACUUUGACAAGGAUGGUAGUGGCUACAUUACUUUCGAUGAACUUCAACAAGCUUGUGAGGAGUUUGGCUUACAAGAUGUUCGCCUAGAAGAAAUGAUCCGAGAAGUUGAUCAGGACAAUGACGGACGCAUAGAUUACAACGAGUUUGUGGCAAUGAUGCAGAAAGGAAUCACUCCAGUGGCUGCUGUAAAGGGCUUGGAAAAUAGUUUCAGCAUAGGGUUUAGAGAUCAACUGAAACUUUAGUAAUGUUUGUUGCGGUGAGGCUUGUGUUUAUUUCUUCGAGUUUUUGAGGACUAAUAUUGUAUAGUAUAGACUUACAGAGUCCAAUUAUCAGCUCAGGAGAGUCAUUUUCCAUUUUUAGUGGAUUUUUGCAGUGUGAUCUGCUUCAUUUCAUAUCCAGAAUUUGAAAGAACAGCUUAUA